AUGGCCGAAUACUCGUAUGUGAAGUCCACCAAACUCGUGCUCAAGGGAACCAAAGCUAAGAGUAAGAAAAAAAAGAACAAAGAGAAGAAGAGAAAAAGAGAAGAAGAUGAAGAAACUCAACUUGAUAUUGUUGGAAUCUGGUGGACAGUAACAAACUUUGGUGAAAUAUCAGGAACCAUAGCAAUUGAAAUGGAUAAAGGAACCUACAUACAUGCACUUGACAAUGGACUUUUUACACUGGGAGCUCCACAUAAAGAAGUGCAAAAGUACAGAAUGAUACUUUGGGUAGUGCACACAGAAAUUGAAUUUCAAAUUGCCCUGAAAUCUGGCUAUGGAAAAUACCUUGGUAUUAAUUCAGAUGGACUUGUUGUGGGGCGUUCAGAUGCAAUUGGACCAAGAGAACAAUGGGAACCAGUCUUUCAAGAUGGAAAAAUGGCUUUAUUGGCUUCAAAUAGCUGCUUUAUUAGAUGCAAUGAAGCAGGUGAUAUAGAAGCAAAAAGUAAAACAGCAGGAGAAGAAGAAAUGAUAAAGAUUAGAUCCUGUGCUGAACGAGAAACUAAGAAAAAAGAUGAUAUUCCAGAAGAAGACAAAGGAAAUGUUAAACAGUGUGAAAUCAAUUACGUAAAGAAAUUUCAGAGCUUCCAAGACCACAAACUUAAAAUAAGUAAAGAAGACAGUAAAAUUCUCAAAAAGGCCCGGAAAGAUGGAUUUUUGCAUGAAACACUUCUGGACAGGAGAGCCAAAUUGAAAGCUGAUAGAUACUGCAAAUGACCAGAAUGUGUUUCUUUCUUCUCCUAUUUGUUUUUUUCCUGAAUAAAAUAAUCAGUGGAAGUGUUUUUACAGAGCUCUUGGGCUGUUAUGGAAUUAUUGCUGAACUAGUAGCUAGUUUAAAUAAGAUUAAUCAAGUUUAACCGAGAUUCCCCAUGGGUGUACUUUUUAGUUAACUGCAGUGUUUCACAUGGAAUUGAAACAAAGUACACAGUGAACAUGCCAUAGAAUUUUUUCUCUUUUCUAGAUUUUCUGUCAUGAAGUAUGAGAUGGUACUCUGUGAACCUUGUGUUUCUUAUGCAGUUUAUGGAAUCUCUUAUUGCUUUACAGUUUUCCUUUAUAUUACCUUAUACCAUUGAUUCUUACUGGGACCUUUAAAAGGAAGUUAGAAGCUCCCACUCAACAAGGCUUUGAUUCUGCCUCCUAAAUAUUGCCCAGAUCACACAAGCC